CCCUCCUUUGGCGCCUGACAAAGAUGAGAGAGGCCCUCAGAGAAGAAACCCGGGACUCUGAGAGUCCACCUCCUCCCACCCCAGUGCCCUCACAGCGGGGUCCUUCUCUCCUGUUCUCGGAAACUCAGGAGGCAGCCCAUGACCAGGCAUCGAGAUUCCACAUGCGCCCCACCCCUCCCCGCCGGCCAGCAGGUUGCCGGGCUGGAGCAGCUGAGCGGGUGGGCUCCUUCCUUCUCACUGCCCGACACCCAAUCAGAGAGAACCCUAUCCGGGAGGGCAGGGUGCCAGGGGCCGGGCCCAGAAUAGUGCUGCCCAGAUACAGUGCUGCGCACUCGCUCAUGGAGCCCGCCGGAGCUGGAGCCCGCGCUGCGCAGGGUACCGGGACCCCCUCCUGGAGCAGCCUCGUGGGACCUGAGCAUCAAGAGAUGAGCUUCCUAGAGCAAGGAGAUAGCACUUCAUGGCCGUCACCAGCCAUGACCACCAGCUCAGAAAGAAGCCAUGGGGAACAGGGGACCAAGGCCUCGAGAUGGACAAGGCAGGAGGAUGUAGAGGAAGGGGAGCCGCCAGACCUGGGGGAAGGUCUCCAGUCCAGGCCAGCUGCUGAGUCCACCGGGCUGGAGGCCACAUUCCCCAAGGCCACACCCUGGACCCAAGCUGCUCCCUUGGCUGGGGUGGACUCCCCCACAGCAGAGCGGGACAUCCUCCCCGCUGACUGUGCAGCCUCAGCCUCCGGCUCCAGCGCAGACGAUCUGGAUCUGGGCAUAGAGUUCUCAGCCACAGCAGCCUGGGGCAAUGAGCUCGGCCUGGUGGAAGAGAGGCCAGCCCCAUGCCCGUCCCCGCAGGCACUGUUACCCAGGCUGGGCUGGGACGAUGAGCUGCGGAAGCCAGGGGCUCAGGUCUACAUGCACUUCAUGCAGGAGCACACCUGCUACGAUGCCAUGGCAACCAGCUCCAAGCUGGUCAUCUUCGACACCAUGCUGCAGAUCAAGAAGGCCUUCUUUGCCCUGGUGGCCAAUGGCGUCCGGGCGGCACCUCUGUGGGACAGCAAGAAGCAGAGAUUUGUGGGGAUGCUGACCAUCACAGACUUCAUCUUGGUGCUGCACCGCUAUUACAGGUCCCCCCUGGUCCAGAUCUAUGAGAUUGAAGAUCAUAAGAUUGAGACCUGGAGGGAGAUCUACCUUCAAGGCUGCUUCAAGCCUCUGGUCUCCAUCUCUCCCAGUGACAGCCUGUUCGAAGCCGUCUAUACCCUCAUCAAGAACCGGAUCCACCGCCUGCCGGUCCUGGACCCAGUCUCAGGCGCUGUGCUCCACAUCCUCACACACAAGCGGCUGCUCAAGUUCCUGCACAUCUUUGGAACCCUGCUGCCUGGGCCCUCCUUCCUCUCCCGCACCAUCCAAGAUGUGGGCAUUGGCACAUUCCGAGACUUGGCCAUGGUGCUAGAAACGGCACCCAUCCUGACCGCACUGGACAUCUUUGUGGACAGGCGCGUGUCUGCACUGCCUGUGGUCAACGAAGCUGGACAGGUCGUGGGCCUCUACUCCCGCUUUGAUGUGAUUCACCUGGCAGCCCAACAAACAUACAACCACCUGGAUGUGAGUGUGGGAGAAGCACUGAAGCAGAGGACACUGUGUCUGGAGGAAGUCAUUUCCUGCCAGCCCCACGAGACCUUGGGGGAAGUCAUUGACCGGAUUGUCCGGGAGCAGGUGCACCGGCUGGUGCUCGUGGAUGAGACCCAGCACCUCCUGGGUGUGGUGUCCCUCUCCGACAUCCUUCAGGCUCUGGUGCUGAGCCCUGCUGGCAUCGACCCCUUGGGGCCUGAGAACAUCAGAGUCUUCACUCUUAGGCCACCUUCCACACCCGGAAGCCAGCGAAGGGAACCGGGGACUCGGCGUUCACCUCCCCCCACCCCCCAUUUGCUGGUUCGGCUCUUGUUCAGGCUUCUCCAGCCCUCCCCGAUUGCCCCUGCCCUGCCUGUGCUCCCAGAAGCCCUCGGGAAUGCCUGGUCCACCGUGGAAUGAUGAAAUUAAGAACAGCUGAGUCAAGCCUGGAGCUCUCUGAACCAGAGGCACUAGGAUUACCCCAGGGCUGACUGAUUUGUGCCACCCACACUGCUCUCCCCCUACCUGGCCCCGGUGGGGUGGGGAGCCCUCAGUCCAUGGGUUCAGGAAGGGGUUCUGGAUUCCUCGGCUUCUGGACUACCUGGCACCCGUGCCCCCAGCUCCUGGGAGUCCCAGCUGUGCUUCCCCCAUGGAAACUGCCCUAGUGGUUCCUCACAACUUUGCCACUGCCCUCCUGCUCCCCCAGCAUUGCAUUUCAGGGCUGCCUGUGGGUCCCCACAGAGCAGCAGUUUUGUAGAGCUGCCUGUUGGAGUGGGGUCCCCCCUCCUUUCUCAUCCUUAGCUCUCACCAGCAAGCAGUGUUCUCAGUCCCCAGGGAGGGCCUGUGUUUGGAUCACUGAGGAUGAACCAUCAAGAAAACAAAAAGAAAAAGAACAGCCCAUGAACUUAGAUUUUAUAACUUUCACUCAGAAAAUACUAUGGUCAUUUGAUCUGAACCUGCGGCAAGAUCCCUGUCCUUUCUGAAUUCAGUGACACCUGAAGGAAAAUCUGUAACUGACAAACACUGCAAGUGGCGUUUCUUUUGCUUGUGGAGUGUUAUUCCACCGAAAUUUCUUUUUCAUCUUUUAUUUACAGCAAAACUCGAAAGAAAAUGUUAGUUACUUACAUAGUGGGUACAACUCAGUCCACAAACUCUAAUCUGUAAGAAACGUAACUUAAUUUUUCUAACACUAAAUGUAAUUUCUAUUAUGAA